AGAAGUGCGGCCGGCCGCACUCUGCGUACGCUCCGCUCUCCGAGUCCGCAAGUCGAACGAGCCGAAUAGAGCUCCGCGCGAGUGAACCCCGACCGCUGAACAGUCGACGCCGAGGGCGAGCGCUCGGCCGCCGCGACGCCGCCCUUGCCAUGCGCCGGCCCUGAGCCGCCAGCGCGACUCAUCAUGCCGCGCGUGAAGCCCGCCUGCGUCCGACGCGUCUCCAUCGGUGAAAGUUCGGGAUCCUGUUCGGAAGAAGAUAUAAGCCAUGCUCUACACGAUGAAGCACGAGGACGACCAGAGGCGCAUAUGUGUCCACGAUGUCAAGAACAAUUUGAAAAUCUACAUGAUUUUUUGUAUCAUAAAAGAGUUUGUGAUGAAAAAGCAAUGCAAAUGGGUGAAGAGAGGAUGCACUCCGACCCUGAGGAUAUGGUUGUAUCAGGAGAUGAAGAAAUGGAUGGACCUAACAAGCGAUUAGAACAAGUAAGAAGGCAUCGACAAGAUGCAGAAAAUAAUAAUAGCCUCGACGAUGGAGAGGCAGAAGUACCUGAAGCUGACGUGCCUCCGGUGGGUCUUCCCUUUCCCGUGGCAGGUCAUGUAACCUUAGAAGCUUUACAAAAUACAAAAGUUGCCGUGGCGCAAUUUGCUGCAACUGCAAUGGCUAAUAAUGCUAACAAUGAAGCCGCUUUACAUGAACUCGCAGUGUUACAAAGCACACUGUUUACUCUACAACACCAGCAAGUAUUUCAACUGCAGUUGAUACGCCAACUUCAAAAUCAAUUAUCAUUAACUCGAAGAAAAGACGAUCAACCUGCAAGUCCGCCACUGUGUGAACCGGAACCAAAUGCGCCUUCAACACCGGCUCGAUCUCCGUCACCGCCGCGUCCGCCACGGGAGCCCUCUCCUGUCGAACCUGCUCCUCCAACUAGCCAAAACUUGCCCUCAACUCAUACACAUCUUACACCUAAAUCAGAGCCUAUAUCUAUUCCGAAAAUUCCGACCUCAUCACCACCUAUGAUGUCGCAUCCACCUUAUAGUUCUAUAUCGUCCUCGUUAGCAUCUUCGAUCAUCACUAAUAACGAUCCUCCACCAUCCCUUAAUGAACCAAAUACACUAGAAAUGCUUCAAAAGCGAGCACAAGAAGUCCUCGACAAUGCGUCACAAGGUCUUCUAGCUAACAAUCUUGCCGAUGAAUUAGCCUUCCGAAAAUCAGGAAAAAUGUCACCUUACGAUGGCAAAAGUGGGGGCCGCAACGAACCUUUCUUCAAACAUCGCUGUCGAUACUGUGGAAAAGUUUUCGGCAGUGACUCUGCGCUUCAAAUUCAUAUUCGUUCUCACACAGGAGAGAGACCUUUUAAGUGCAAUGUUUGUGGUUCUCGAUUUACGACUAAAGGAAAUCUUAAAGUACAUUUCCAAAGGCAUACUGCGAAAUUUCCGCACGUCAAGAUGAACCCUAACCCUGUACCGGAACAUUUGGACAAAUAUCAUCCACCACUCUUAGCACAAUUAUCACCGGGACCGAUUCCAGGAAUGCCUCCUCAUCCGCUACAGUUCCCUCCGGGUGCGCCAGCUCCUUUUCCGCCAAACUUGCCAUUAUACAGGCCGCCACACCAUGAUUUACUGCCACCUCGCCCACUUGGUGAUAAACCACUUCCACAUCAUCCACUAUUUGGCAUGCGAGAAGAACAAGACGUUCCGGCUGAUCUUAGUAAACCUUCAAUUCCGAGCCCGCCUCGACCUUCGUCAGAAAUGUUUAAAUCUGAACCACAAGACGAAGAAAGUCAACGAGAUUCUAGUUUUGAAGAGACUGAUCAUAUAUCGCCUAAGCGAGAACCUGAAGAAAAUGAUGGAGGGCAUGAUGCUGAACAAGACCGAUACCCCUCAACAUCUCCGUAUGACGACUGCAGCAUGGACUCAAAAUACAGCAACGAAGAUCAAAUUGGCAGAGAAAGUCCGCACGUCAAGCCUGAUCCAGAUCAACCGGAGAAUUUAUCAAGUUCGGAGAGCGGGCGGAGUGCGCGAGCCUCGCCACCGUCGCCAUCACCGUCGGUGCUGUCGACGCCGCCACGGCUGCCACAACAUUCGCCGCUGCCUUCACCACCUACGCCCCUUGCUGCGCUCGGUGCUCUCGGUGGAUCACCCUUCAGCCCACUAGGACUUGCUUUCCCUCCCGCAGUGCGUGGCAACACAACGUGUACCAUCUGCUACAAGACGUUCGCCUGCAACUCCGCGUUGGAGAUCCACUAUCGCAGCCACACCAAAGAACGCCCUUUCAAGUGUACCGUCUGUGAUAGAGGCUUCUCGACAAAGAGCAGUGGCGGCGGUUGCCGGUGCGGUAGGCGCACGCGCGCACCCCGCCCGCCGCACGCCACUGCUUUGGACCUCUGGAACGCCUUCGUCUACCCGGGUAAUAUGAAGCAGCACAUGCUAACGCACAAGAUUCGAGACAUGCCUCCCGGUUUCGAUAAAGGCGUGAGUGGUUCGACCGGACCGCCCAGCGAAGAAGGUCGCGAUCCCAGUCCGGACCGGCGUUCAUCACCUGAGAAAAUGGACCUAAAGCGAUCGCCGCCUGCGCACCCCCCACCCCCAUUGGCACACCCACCACCUAUUGACAUGCCUCCUUUACCCAAGAGACCUACGGUACCCGUUGCUCCGAGCCAUCCGCCGCCGUCGCAGUCCUCCAAGCACCUCUGCGGAGUAUGCCGUAAAAAUUUCUCCUCUUCCUCAGCGCUGCAAAUUCACAUGCGCACACACACCGGCGACAAGCCUUUCCGAUGUGCAGUUUGCCAGAAAGCGUUUACGACCAAAGGCAAUCUGAAGGUGCAUAUGGGCACGCACAUGUGGAGCGGCGGUGCGUCCCGACGCGGACGUCGCAUGUCCCUGGAGCUGCCACCGCGACCGCUGCAUGAGCCGCACGAUCUGCUGCGACGCCCCGACCUCUUCUACCCUUACCUACCUGCGCCCUUCCUCAAUGGCAUGCAACAAAAACUGAACGAGAUAUCAGUCAUUCAGCAGAAUGCAGGACAGAACGGUGUAGCCGCUAAAUUCCCGGGCUUGCUCGGUUUCGGGGCGUUCGGAGCGGGACGGCCGGGAGCCGCGUCUCCGCUCGAAAGGCCACCCUCGCUCGAGGGCGGCGACGAAAGACAAGCAGCAAUGCGCGAACUCGCCGAAAGAGGACGUGAAUUGGCCGAACGCAGUCGACAAAUGCGCGAGGAUAGCGAACGGGAGCACUACAGAGCUACAGGUGCGCUUCCGGCUCACGCGCCGAAUGCAGCGCAGGCGUCGCCGCCGACGCCGCACGCGCACCCGCACCCGCUGGCUUCGCUGCCGCCGCCCGCGCGCACGGAAGGCCUCACCGUGUAAAGCCAUCGGUACCUAAAUUAGAGCAUCCGAACACAUUCCAUAAGACGGCGAGUAAGACUUUCCGGCGCACCCGUGCGGCGUCGUCGACGAGUCGCGGUCGACGUUACGAAUUUUAUACCAAUAUACUUAUUUUGUCCAGAAAACGCGGUACGUCAAAACAAUGAACAAUAUAAUUACGAAACAAGCGCCAUGCAAUCGAUGACGUAAUGUUUUGUGUUGAGUGUAGCGCUGUGUACCGAUUCAUUAUUACGCAUAGUAUUAUGUAGAUAAUAUAUAUGCAGUACGGGCCUGGGGCAAUCGGGGGCUCAUCGAGUCCCGAGUUUAUGUCAUUACUCUGUGAUAGUGCACGAUACUAGGCUGCAUCCGAAGGACCUGAGACUGUUUUCGAAUGAGUCAGUAAGGAGCAUUACUUUCUGGGAUGCAACCUAAUGUGCUAUGACAUCUAAAAUUAUUAUAAAUUAUCCCAAAAAUUAAUUAAAUUCAUAAAUCUAUAUAUGUUUAAUUGUAUAUAAAACUGUAUAAUAGUACUGUAAUGAACGAAUAGUUAAUAUUAUUAAUAGAUAUUAAAUUAAUUAUACUAUAUUUAUACUAUACUUGUAACUGAAGUGCGACGUGCAUUGCAUGAUUUUUUUCUAAGUCACAUUCCAAUGUGAGGAGAUUCUUUAGAAAAUUACAUAGUUUUAACAAUUUUACGUAGUUAACACUCGCAUGCUGCCAACACAACGAGCAGAAGUCAACCACGAGUCUCCUUAUGCAAAGAAUUUUUCCAAAUUGAAAGAAAUAGAAUGUAACAGUAACAUGAGUCAAGCCACUGCAGCUCUAUGUACUCCACAUACUAUAUUUAAUAAUUGUAAUAGAGUUUAAUGACAUAUUCAUAUCAUGUAAAUUAAAAAAGUAUUUGCAUUUGAGGUCUACAUAGAUGUAAGUGUUUAGAGUCAUAGCUAUUAUAUUGCUUUAGAAUACUUCGACAUAUCUUUGUAAAGAGUGAGCGACUGCCGUUUGAAAUAUAUAAAGUCGAAAUACUUUAGAUUUGUCAGUUCUACGGAUCAGACUGAGCCAUAACACUGUUCUCGGUGUAACGUUUCUUUCCAAAUAUGCAUUUUUCGACGCUUUCGAUUAGUGAAUUGAUAGAUCGAGAUGUUACUAGACACGAUUAUGUUCGCUAUAAAUGGACGAUGUAUGUUUUAUAUUUCAACAUUAUGAUAUAUGUAAAUGUCCUCCUAAAUUAUUUAUAUUAUUACAAAUCAUGCAUACACUCUUAGUAUUAAAGUGACGCUUGCGAGGCGAUAGGCCUUGAAACGGUUUAGUUGUAUAGAGUAAAUUCUCAUAGCACUACGAAUUAUAAUUUUCAAGUUGCAAAUAGUUCUAGAGUAGAAUUAGCCAUGAAUAUGAUGUGUCAUGUCCAUGUCAGUAUAAACAAUCAUUGUAAAUUAUUAAAUGUUUAUGUAAAUGUCCAAAAAGUAUUCAAAUUAUUUAAAAAAAAAAACAAUUAUACUAAUAA